UUGGUGGCGAGGUCAUCGGCGUGGAAGAAUUUGGCGAAAGCCGACGAGACGACGGCGGCACGGAUCGUCGGCAGAAGACUUCGCCUGGUUUUCACGCCGCACGGUCUUCCUCUCCGGCAGGCUAGCCGCAGCCAAUCAGGGGCCGGGUCGGGGGCGGAGCCAACGGAAAGGCGAGCAGUGAUUGGUGAUGGUCGCUCAGAUUGGAUGACGGAAAAAGUGGAUUUGUCCUCCUUCGUGUCAACCAGCGCCUCGUCUCCCGGGUCCUCGCUUCCGCCCUCGCCGCCGGUGCGCCAUGUCAAGGCGCCCUCCGACCUGGAGGUCAUGACCUCGCUCCUGCAGGAGGAGCUGGCCCAGCUGGAGGACUACUUCCGCUCCGAGUCUUGCGAGAGCAAAUCCUCCAAAUGUGACAAAGCCAUGGGCUCGCCGUCGUACUACCAGUUCCCCUACGGCUCCUACGGGGGCGGCCAAUCGGAGAGCAGCCCCGUGGUCGUUACCUUGGCAACCGGCGACCUGGAUCUGGCCGUGAGCCGCUCCAAGAUAGCGCGGCCGGCUCCGUACAACUACCACCACCACCACCACCACCGCAGCGGGCGAAGAGUCCUGGGCGAGGAGGCGGAGGCGUGGCGCGCAGGAAGUUACUCGGGCAGCGCCGAGUACUCCGUCAAUCAUUACUCAGCGCUGAAGGCGGCGAAUAAGAGCGGCGUGAAGAAGGUGAGAGAAUGUGCUUUGUCCUUGAAGGAAGAGGAGAGUUAUUGUUUCUCCGAAGGAAUGUUUUGCAGCGAAGAGAUCGCCAGAAGUUUCUGCUCCUACGAGCACAAGAGUCACAAAGUCAACCUGAGUUACGGUGCAGGCGAGCACUGGACCAAAGACGCCGGACCGGCUGCCGGCGUCCCCCAAGAGACCGCCAUGGCCGACGGCUACUUCCACCAGUCGCUGGCGGCGGAACCGUACCACGGCUUCAUGGGCGAGCUGGAUCAGCCGGCGCCGGCCGAGCCCCAACACAGCCACUACCUCUACCCAGAAUGCCUUGCGGACCAAAGCUACGAGUGUCUGUCCGAGGGAACGCCGGCCGGCGCCUCCGCCCACCGCGGCCACAGGCUAAAGGACGAAGCGUGCUCGGUGAAAUCGACGGCUGGUCUGGACGUGAACACCGGAGAAAGGAAGCAGAAGAAGAGAGACCAGAACAAAACGGCGGCUCACAGGUACAGGCUGAGGAAGAGGGCGGAGCUAGACUCUCUGGAGGAGGAGCUUCACGGGCUGGAGGGACAGAACCGGGAGCUUCGCGACAAGGCGGAGUCUGUGGAGCGAGAGAUUCAGUACGUGAAAGACUUACUCAUCGAGGUCUACAAGGCUCGCAGUCAGCGCCUCAAACAAGAUGGCGGCGCCUGAAGGAAGGUCUGAAGACCAGGUGACCCGGCCUUAGGAGUUCUACACUGUGACCACUAAUCAUCUAUUGAUCAUCCUUGUUCUAUUCAUCUGAUUGGAUCACGCCCAGCAAUCAUCCUUUCAAUCUGUUCUAUUGAUCUGAUUGGAUCACAUCCAGUAAUCAUCCUUUCAAUCCAUUCUAUUGAUCUCAUUGGAUCAAUUCUAUAGAUCUCAUUGGAUCAUACCUAAUAAUCAUCCUUUCAAUCAAUUCUAUUGAUCUGAUUGGAUCAAAUCUAAUAGUCAUCCUUAUAAUCAAUUAUAUUGAUCUGAUUGGAUCAUAUCCAUUAACUAUCCUUUCAAUCAAUUCUAUUGAUCUGAUAGGAUCAUAUCUAGUAAUCAUCCUUUCAAUCAAUUAUUUUGAUCUGAUUGGAUCAAAUCUAAUAGUCAUCCUUUCAAUCAAUUCUAUUGAUCUGAUUGGAUCAUAUCUAAUAAUAAUUUUAAUGAAUUCUAUUGAUCUGAUUGGAUCAUAUCUAAUAAUCAUCCUUUCAAUCAAUUCUAUUGAUCUGAUUGGAUGAUAUCUAAUAAUCAUCAUUUUAAUCAAUUCUAUUGAUCUGAUUAGAUCAUAUCCAAUAAUCAUCCUUUCUAUCAAUUCUAUUGAUCUGAUUAAAUCAUAUCUAAUAAUCACCCUUUCAAUCACUGUUAUUGAUCUGAUUGGAUCAUAUCCAUUUGCCAGCCUUUCAAUCAAUUAUUUUGAUCUGAUUGGAUAAUAUCCAAUAAUCAUCCUUUUAAUCAAAUCUAUUGAUCUGAUAUUCAUGAAUCAUUGAUGUAUUAUUCUAAUCAUUUGAUUGACUGAUGGUCAUUGAUCAUUGACAUAUUGUCUUCUUCCAUGAUGUCAAUAAGUGCAUGAUUGAUUAGUUGACAGCAUGAACUUUGAUUACUUUCCUGCAUGACAACUUUGUGUCCUCAUUCUCAGGUUUUUGCUUUGGGCUCAGAGGACUCUCUUUUCUUUUCUUGUCUCCUCAUUCCUUGUCCACUUCUCUUCCCUUCUCCUUCCUUGUCCACUCCUUCCCUGUCUCCUCAUUCCUUGUCCACUCUCUCUUCCCUUCUCCUUCCUUGUCCACUCCUUCCUUGUCUCCUCAUUCCUUGUCCACUCUCUCUUUCCUUCUCCUUCCUUGUCCACUCCUUCCCUGUCUCCUCAUUCCUUGUCCACUUCUCUUCCCUUCUCCUUCCUUGUCCACUCCUUCCAUGUCUCCUCAUUCCUUGUCCACUCUCUCUUCCCUUCUCCUUCCUUGUCCACUCCUUCCUUGUCUCCUCAUUCCUUGUCCACGCUCUCUUUCCUUCUCCUUCCUUGUCCACUCCUUCCCUGUCUCCUCAUUCCUUGUCCACUCUCUCUUUCCUUCUCCUUCCUUGUCCACUCCUUCCUUGUCUCCUCAUUCCUUGUCCACGCUCUCUUUCCUUCUCCUUCCUUGUCCACUCCUUCCUUGUCUCCUCAUUCCUUGUCCACUCUCUCUUUCCUUCUCCUUCCUUGUCUCCUCAUUCCUUGUCCACGCUCUCUUUCCUUCUCCUUCCUUGUCCACUCUUUCCUUGUCUCCUCAUUCCUUGUCCACUCUCUCUUUCCUUCUCCUUCCUUGUGCACUCUUUCCUUGUCUCCUCCUUCCUUGUUUCCUCAUUCCUUGUCCACUCUCUUUUUCCUUCUCCUUCCUUGUCUCCUCCUUCUUUGUCUCCUCAUUCCUUAUCCACUCUCUCUUUCCUUCUCCUUCCUUGUCCUCUCCUUCCUUGUCUCCUCAUUCCUUGUCUCCUCAUUCCUUGUCCACUCUCUCUUUCCUUCUCCUUCUUUGUCCACUCCUUCAUUGUCUCCUCCUGCCUUGUCUCCUCAUUCCUUGUCCACUCUCUCUUUCCUUCUCCUUUCUUGUCUCCUCCUUCCUUGUCCACUUUUUCCUUGUCCUAUCCUUCUUUCCUUGUCCUGUCCUCCGGGCUGUACUUGCGAGCAAACAAUCGUAAGCAAUGACAUCAUCAAUGGUAAACCAUGACGUCAACAAUGGUAAACAAUGAGGUAAACAAUGGUAAAUGUUGAGGUCAACAAUGGUAAACAUUGAGGUAAACAAUGGUGUAAACAAGGGGAUGUUGUGCCAUUCAGGUGAAACAGGAAGUGCUGCAUCAGGUGAUUUUCCAAAUAAAGUGCUCAUAUUUCA